GAUUUAUUAUAUAUGCAGCGGAUUUAUAUCCUGUCUGUAUGAAGCUGUUGUUCGGUCAUUUCCGGGAUUUUAUCACAUCUGAAUCAAAAUAUCGAUUGUACGCAUAUAUAUAGAGCAACAUUACACAACAAACUUUGCAACUGGUAAAGCGAAUACACACAUGCAAAAGUUACAUGAACGAAAGCUAACUUGACCAUGGUCUAAGGUUAUGUCAAUAUUGGCAAUGUAUUUAGCAUAAUGAUUCUGUAGCAACGAUUAGAUUUAUUUAUUAGAGCAGUACCCAAAGAGAAUGGCUGAAAAACGAAGAUCUGCUGCAAAUUCUCCCAUGUCAAGCGGGACCGCUAUGAAAAGCGAAGACUCCCAAACAUACGAUCUCCUUCAAUAUGUAUUCUCAGAGAUGACUCUAUCAGAGGAAGCAAGUGCAAAACCAAGUAAAAGUCUUGAACUGGAAAAUCUACAAAGUAACAUGGAUGAAAUGAUAAAUGAAGUCCAAGAAAAAUCCUCUCAAUCCCCCAGAAAGAAAAAUAUUUUACCUCCUCUGGAUGGGAGAAUUGGUCCAGCAGAAGUGGUAUUUGAUCAAAAAUCCAUGGUUGCCCCCCUUGGAUUACGUUUAGAACCAGAUAACUUGGGAGUAACAAGUCAUACCAAUUUCAGUACAGUUCGAGCAAAUUGCUGUGUUUACAGAGGAAAAUGGAUGUAUGAAGUCAUGCUCUGGUCUAAGGGGGUUAUGCAGCUAGGCUGGUGUACAAUCAACUGUAAAUUCACAUUUGAGGAAGGAGUAGGUGACACGAAGGACUCCUACUCCUAUGACGGAAGUCGACUUAGGAAGUGGAAUAUCAGGACUCAGAAAUACGGAGAGGCCUGGCUAGCUGGAGAUGUGAUAACUUGUGCACUUGACUGUGAUAAUGGAACCAUGACAUUUUACAGGAAUGGAAAAUCCAUGGGAGAAGCAUUUAAAAAUGUCAAAACAGGAAGUGGUUAUGCUUAUUUCCCAGCAGUAAGUCUGUCAAGAAACGAACACCUGAGGGCCAACUUUGGAGCCACGCCCCUCCGAUAUCCCAUUGAAGGGUAUGAGCCACUUCAGGCAAUGCCUCAGGAGGAUGUUGUCAAAAGCCAGCUUCUGAUUGGCUGGCUGGAAAAACUAACUAAUACUCUCAUCAAAGAGGACAAGCACUUAAUGGAUGUGUGUGGCAUAGAUCAGAAUGUUCCUCCUCUACCCCUGGGGGAAACCAGAAGCAAAAAGUCCACAGCCUUGCUGCUCUGUGCUCAUAUUUUUGAGAAACUGGCACCUCUUUUAAAGGGGCCGUAUGUUGUGGAGUGUUGUUUGCUUCCUUUGAUGUUGAAGUUUUGUGCAACAACUACUGACACAAGUACAACGAACCCCCACAUCGUCAAACUCCUCGACCUCAUGUGGUCGCUUAUGCAGGAUCAUGAGAUUAAGCCCUGCAUGGACACACUGAUGACUUCAAUGCUGUACAGCUUCUACAAGACUUCCCCGGUGACCUCCGAUUUCUUAUCACAGAAAACCUACCUUGAUCUGACCCUCCGAGUUCUUCAGCACUCACAAACCAGGCGCUACCUACUGCUGAACAUCUUAUUCGACAAGAUCAAGUUCCCGGUGCUGAUGCAUGUGAAGCCCCCAGAUGACGCCGGUCUGGAGGAACUGAUCCCCUCCGUCUGGUGGGCCACCCUGGAAAAUGAUAAAGAAAAUCCAUUACCUCCAUCAGACGAAGAAGAGAGGGAGCUUCAGCGUAGAUACAACAAAUCCUGUCAAGAUCUCAGAGUGAAAGUAGAAGAAUUAGAAGACAUACAGAUAGAAAUCCUGAAGGUGCUACUCACACAUUCGGACCCACUAGAUAAAAAGACGUCACGAAUGAUAUUUUUGGAGAAAUUGAAAACUUAUCUGAAAAACAAUAACCGGCUGGGAAAGCUGCAGCAGGUCACCACUUGCCCCCUUAGUUUCUUCCAUCGACUCGUUCAAGCUCUCCGCUUCUACUGGGAUGACUUCCAAUCAGCUGAUCCGUCCAGAUUUGUCUCUAGUCAAGAUGCCUUUAUUCCGAUCCAUGAAUUUUGGGUGGAUUCCAGAGAGCUAAGUGAAGUUCAGCGUUGUGGAGGACUAGUGUCUCAUCUUAACAAAGUCCUAGGAGGUGAAGUAAACAAGUGUCAGGGUCUUCAGAUUGACAAGGAUGGGAAACCGGUCAGAAAUCCAGAGGUCAGCAAAGACUAUCCCCCUAUGGAGAUGCCCAGUGGGAAUUCCCUGAUGGAAUUAUUGGAUGUGAUAGUGUUGCUGUACAAUCUGUCUUCUCAUGAUCAGCUCUUCAAGAUGUUUUCCCUCAGAGAUAACUUGAAGGAGUUUGUGACGGCCCUGCGUGAUACAGAGAUGAAGCUAGACGUCUGUCCAUCAGACAGGCCGGACAUGAAAGCAGAGCUUGAGAGAGCAAUGGGUGUGUUCCAGGAGAAGUACGAGGACUUGGCCCGACAGAUGGCCUGGCUCAUCUCUGUCGUCUUCUCCACAAGAAAACAGGAGGAUUUGGCAUGGUUGCUAGGGGUGACGCUAAGAACGAUGGAGAAGGCCUCUAAUUAUGGUCAGCUCUUCCAGUACAUCCCUGAGUUCUAUGUGGAGACAGUGCUUCAGUCGAUGUAUGCCUUACAUUGCUACUUUAAUCCAAUCAUAAAUGUGGAAGAAAUUAGAGGUUAUGAUGAGCUGCGGAAAAAAUCAGGCAUUUUUUUAAUUCGACAUUUUGCUGAUGCCAGAAUUAUUGAUGCAGAGAUGAGGGAGAACAUUGUACAAGCCUUAGCCUGUUUUAUCUGCUAUCCCAAACCCCUCAAAGCCUUGGAGAGUCUACCACAAGAGAUUAAGGAGAAUAUGAUAAGGAAUUUGAUCGCCCCUUAUGAAGGGCGAUCCUGGGCCCAGACUAACUGGAUACUUGUCCGCAUUUGGAAGGGCUGUGGGUUUGGAUUUCGAUAUACACACCUCUCUCAUCUUGUGCCGUCCAAAGUUCAGCCCACCGAGUUUGGUGCAGCCAGCCUUCAAAAGCCUUGCCCCUCCCUGGAGCUUCAGGACGUGUUUCGAGGCCUGUUACUGAGGGACAAAGAGGCAGCCACACGCUUCCUGGACACGCUGAUUAACCAGCUCAACUGGUCGUUUUCAGAGUUUAUAGGGCUAAUGCAACAGAUUCAGCAGCGAGUUUCACGUACUGAGUUACGUAUCCUGGAGGCGCGGACUCUGAAGAUCUGUGCCACGUGUUUUGAGAUUGCGGUGUGCCUGAUGAGGGUGCUGGAGAUGGUGGUCUGCGUCGCCCCGGAGACUGUGUUGGAUGUGUCCAGGGAGUCCUCCGAACUCCUGCUGGGGAGGCUCAUACAGCUGCUGUGCCACGUGCUGAACCGAGUGACCACCAAGAGUGGUGUGUUCUGUUCCGUCAUCUCCCACUCCAUCCAGGGCCUGGAGGUGGUGCUACACUACCCCAUCAUGGCUGUCACUGUGGGCAUUCUCAUACAGCUGGUCAUGAAGUCAUCUGAAAAAAGUCAGAGGAAGGUGUUAUCCUGUCUCCUGUCAGAUCCCGCCUUCCAGAUCUCUACCCUGGAGUUUACUCUGGGGGUCCCUCUCCCCCAGGCCUCCCCUAGCAGUGUACCAAAGGGAAGAAAGGACAAAGAAAAGACCUUCAACUUUCAAACAUGUGAUGAAGUCAGUAAAGAAGAGGUCCAGGCUGUUAGGAAUCUGAUCAGCUUUCUAAAGGAUAAACAAGCCAGCUUCCAAGAGGCAUCAGAGGUUAUUAAAGAAGAAGACCUUUGUACUAUAUGCUAUGCCAACUCCCUCUCAGCCGUGUUUAAACCGUGUGGACAUAAAUCCUGCAGAACCUGCAUCAGUCACCAAAUGAUGAAGAAAAAAGAAUGUUUCUUCUGCAAAACCAUUGUUACUGCUGUUGAUGACCUUCAGGGUCACCAGAUCUUGACCAAUAAUACAGCAGGAACCUGAUCAGCUGCCGACCAAUCAGGUCACUGGAAGAUCUCGCAAGGGGAGACUACUUAGUCAAGUUCUACAUACAACUGCCAAUUGUUCAAUGUUAUUGGUGCCUAUUCAUUUACUAUAUUAUAUGUAACAUUGAUGUAUUUUUUUUCAAAGAUGAACAGCUUAGAAAGAAAAACCAUAGACUGUAAAUUGUGGCUCUAGAAGAGAAUUAGAGAUUAUUUUUAUAUUCAUGUUACCGUGCAGGUAGUUUAAGUUUAUUGAUUUGUGUUAAUGUUUCUUCUGUGCUGCUAAUGGACAGGGUAUCUAUCUUUUAUUUCUGUCCCCAAAUAUUUGUUACCAUAUCAAAGACAUUGAAUUACCGGUAACUAUGAACAUGUACUACACAAAAGGAUUAUAGAAUUCCUGAUGUCUAUUGUGGAACCAAUUUUUUUUUUGGUGUGUAGACUAAGAGUUUUUUUUUUUGGAUUAAGAUAACACAAAAAAUGAAUGGCAUUCAAGUGGAGAACUGGAGUACCAUAUUGUUUAUUCUUGUGAUAAGUGCCUUAUAUUGUGCAUAUUACUGUGAUAUUGUUUUAUAUUUGGUGCAUACAAGCCGCAUGUAAGGGCACUUAUAAUUAACCAUUGGAUUUCACAGAGUUGCUACGAUUCAAUACCGGUUGUUGUUUUGUUAAUGAUAGUUUUAUCCAGGUUUUAUUCAUGAGAGAUUUAUUAGCUAGGUUUUAAUUCGCUAGAGAUUUAUUAGGUAGGUUUUAAUUCUCUAGAGAUUUAUUAGGUAGGUUUUAAUUCUUUAGAGAUUUAGUUGUUGGGUUUUAUUUGAGCAAAUAUGUAGGCUGCCUCAUACUGACCUUGUUACAGUGAAACCUGCAUAACUCGAAAUUUUAGUGUAUGUGUUAACCUAAGUUUAUGGAAUGUUUCUAUAUUAUAGUUUAUGACAUAAUUGGUUAUGAAAUCAUCUAUUUUGAUACAAAAAAAGGUUCCAUAAUACAUUUGAUACUGUGAAUUAUUAUUUAAUUUUUAUGUCUUUUAUUCAUUGUAUUAUUCAGCUUGCAAUUGCAAUGAUAGCCAAUUUAAAAGGGUAUCUAUAUACUCAUCCUAGACACAAAACGUGGCCAUUAUUGGUCAAAGGUUUGGGGAGUAUUUUAAUAAUGAAGAAUCACUGACAAUUAUUAACUUAAAAAGAAUUGUAUUUUGACAUCAAACUGGAAAACAUAAGCCAAAUACUUGAGAAAUGUCACUGUGCUGUAUUCAUACUUUAAUUCUGUGUUGAUGUAUAUAAAUUACUAAUUUGGAAAUAAUAUUUUUUUAUUCUCAAGAGUAAAAAAAAACAUCCUCAAAAGUUCAAGACUGAAAAAUAACCUACCUAGAAUGUCAAUGUUAGUUACGUUUUCAAAAAUGAAGAAUUAAGUUCUAUUUUAAAGCAAAACUUCCUACACCUGGAAUUUGUGUAUGUGCCUAAAAAGGGCAAGGCUAUUUUACAGAUAAAAUUAAUUACUUUGUGAUUCUUGUAAUAUUAAGGUUAUGUUAGCAUUAUUUGCAAACUCUAUAAUUUCUUCCAUUAUAAAGGAAGGUCACACAAAUGCUUUUGUCCUCAGUCACCCCCCCCCCCCCCCCACCCUUUCCUACAAACACUCUAGAUUUUUUGCUCUGUUGUUACAGCAGUAGAAGAGCUUUAAAUAACUCAGUGUUGUCCUUGUAUCAGCAUUAUGAAUGCCGCAGCUACCUGCAUUGAUGUGUAAUUAUUUAAUGUGUAUUUAUUUGAUGCUUGUUCAGUGUCGCUCAGUUCCCACGGAACUUGGUUAAAACAACGAAUUUCUAUUUAUAAAACAAAAGUAAAUUAUAAAAGUAUUUACAAGUUUGUGUUUACUUGAGCCAUCAGGUGAAUGGAUGUUGUUCAUUUUUCUUCUUUUUGAAGAUAAAAAUAUGUUCUGAAAUUGGUCUGAAAUUUUUUGUAUAAGCGAACCAGAAGGAUGAAAUUAUGCACUGAUGGCCGAGAAUUCUAUUACAUCAGAGGAUAUGUAUAGAUGGAAUGUUUUAAGAAUAAAACAGAGAAACUUGU